GUUGAAACCAGUCUAUGGUUGAAACCAAUUUGCGUUAUCAAACUCCGUGAGACUAGUUGAAAGUCCAACGAGAGUGGCUGACGUCAGUGACGACCUCAUGCUAGCGAUUGUUUUGAACUCGGAUACUCGGAGACUGGAAGUCGAUGUUGCAUAGGUGCACCACUUGCUCUGCAGAGAGCAUGCUGAAUAUACCAUUGGCCUGACACACAGAAUAACCAUGGACUGACUGGACAGCUCCACCAGCCCUCGUCCUCUGUCUUUGCUCCUGCUGUAACCCGAUCGCUGGAUCCUUGGGCAUCUUGGGUCAUGGCGUCCAACGGUCGGGCUGGAAGACAUUCCUUAUGGCGGUUCCUCUCUCCCUUCCGGAGCAGGCAGGAGCGUGUGGUGCUGGCGCGCAGCGAGAGCAUGCCAGGGGAACAAGUGCUGAAGAUCACUAUCACAGAGACCACUAUAAUCGAGGCAGACUCGGGGGUGUGGAACUCGAAGUCACUGGUCUACCUGGUCCUGUGGUACUUCUUCAGCUUCUGCACACUGUUCCUCAACAAGUACAUCCUAUCCCUAUUGGAGGGAGAGCCCAGCAUGCUGGGUGCUGUUCAAAUUGUCUCCACCACCAUCAUAGGCUUUCUGAAGAUGUAUGUGCCUUGCUAUUUGUACCAGCACAAGUCCAGGACUGAGUACCCGCCAAACUUCUUCAUGAUCAUGCUGUUUGUGGGGCUCAUGCGGUUCACCAGUGUCGUGCUGGGGCUAGUGAGCCUGAAGAAUGUGGCUGUCUCAUUUGCCGAGACAGUGAAGAGCUCGGCGCCCAUCUUCACUGUAAUCAUGUCAAGGUUGAUCCUAGGGGAAUACACAGGACUGUGGGUAAACCUGUCCCUGUUUCCUGUCAUGGCUGGCCUUGCUCUCUGCACUGCAACAGAGAUCAGUUUCAACACGCUGGGCUUCUCUGCUGCCCUUUCCACUAACAUCAUGGACUGUUUACAGAAUGUUUUUUCAAAGAAACUGUUAAGUGGUGACACCUACAAAUUCAGCCCUCCUGAACUACAGUUCUACACCAGUGCUGCAGCUGUCAUUAUGCUUGUACCUGCCUGGGUCUUCCUCAUGGACAUUCCUGUUAUUGGUAAGAGUGGGCGUGCCUUCAACUGGAGUCAAGACAUUGUUCUGCUGCUGCUCUUUGAUGGGGUCCUAUUCCACCUGCAGAGUGUAACCGCCUAUGCCCUCAUGGGACGCAUCUCCCCUGUAACCUUCAGUGUUGCCAGCACAGUGAAACAUGCCCUAUCUAUCUGGCUGAGCAUCAUUGUGUUCAGUAACCACAUCACUGUGCUCAGCGCCGCCGGCACAGCCCUGGUGUUUUUGGGAGUGCUGCUGUACAACAAGGCCAAGCAGAUCCAGAGAGAAACCUUACAGACCCUGGCCCAGACUCAGGACCACCACAAUAAACCACUACGGCAAGACCACGAGCUCAUAGCAUCAGAACGAUAGCCUUUCUGUGAGAUCAAAGGCGGCGAGACCAAAGUAAUUUUUUAAAUGUAGAUUAGACCACAUUUAGACACAAACUAGCAUUAUGGCAAAUGAGAGAAGUCAGUGGUCAUCAUAGCCCCAUUGAACCAUCCGUUACUCCGUGGAUUGUCCAUUUGAGGCUGAUUUGUCUUGAGGUUUCAUUCAGCCUCACCUUAACACACUCUGAUUCCUAUGUGAACUAGCUUUAGUGUGUGGACCAAUGAUUGACUAUUAUUAUGUUUUUUUAAACAAGCUAUCAGACUGAUUUCCAGACCUGCAGAGCACUUCACUUAACUGUUUACUCAGUCAAUUCCUAAUGCUGUCCUUAGCUUUCAAAUCACAUGCAAACUCAGGAUAUUUCUUAAUGUUCAAUGGUAGAAGUGGUAAAAUGCAAGUCUAGUUUUUUGAGUUGUUUGAUUUAAAAAAAAAAAAAAAGAUCUGGUUAUGGGCACACUGUCAUUGACAUUAUAGCUUUAUUCUGAACAUUAAGAAUAGUUUUGAACAUUAAGAAUAGUCUAGGCAUUCAUUCAUUCCAAUAAUGCAUUAAAUCGUCUGUGUACCAACUUGUCACCCAAGUUAAGCAACAUUCGAGGCAUUAUGCGGACCACAGAAGUGGGUCUUGCCCUCAGGGAAGAUGAGGUUAAGAGGGUAAUGUUAGUUUUCUCAAAGGACCUCUUUUUAAGCUGGUCUUUUAUUCGAAAAUAUUGAGUGCAGUCUGCGUAAAUCUCAUAAUUAUCUAUAUUUGUCUUUCUAUGUAUUCCAUUUGUUCUUAAUUUUCUUGUUCUUGCACAGACCCUAAAAUGUCCCUUCAGUUUCCUGACAGCUAGGUGUUGAGAGAUUUAGGCACCUGUGGCGUUGUGCAGCUUUUCACAACCAGGUCCUAGCUUAAUAUGCCACAUUGAACCCUAUUGUUUUCAGUCAGUUGAAUAAGUAAACAGGACUACAAUAACCAGAUUUCCAAACGCUUUUAUUUCAAAAUUAAAAAGAUUCACAACAGGCCUUCAGUAGAAAUCUCCAAACUUUCCAAAUGUCCCCCAAAAACAAAAUAUAAUAGAUAAAGUGCGAUAUUGUCGUGUCCAUAUAGUUCAGGUAUGUGUGAAAUGGUAGCCUAAAUUACAUUAGGCAGAAAUAUUAAUAAAACCAUCACAUUAAAUUCAACUUGUGAGUCACGCAAUGGUUCCUCAAUAUUUGGCAGUUCUUGCGUUUUAUUAAUGCUGGUUUUCGUGUGCUUCCUGAGGAGAGGUACAGGGAGCGGUCUCUCAAACGUUAUAGCAUACAGCUUAUUACCAAUUGGGUAAUGUUGCUGCUUUUGCCACAGUUGUAUGUCCAACAGUCUAUUCCUGUUAAUAACAGUGUAUGAUGGCAUAUGCAAUGAUGGUAGUGUGUUUAUGUCAAAUUUGAAAUAUAUUAUUUAACUUUUAAAAUGUAGUGACUUUUGAAUGGAAACUUUCUAAAUGUCUGUAAUCUUCCGUUAAUGGCACUUAGCUACUGACAACAAUUAAAAGCCCACUAGAAUGAAAUUAUUUAAAGAGUUAGUUGAGCAAGUAUGAAUAUACUAUAUGCCACAGAUAUACAGUGGAUAUCAAAAGCUAUGCAGCUUUGGUUUUGAUAAAUUGUAAUUGCAAUUUGUCCCACUCUUCUUUGAAAAAAAAACUUUUGCAAGAGAGUCUCCUGAGUGCAGCCCUCUUUAGGUCAGUCCACAGAUUUUCUACAGGGUUGAGGUCUGGCCUCUGACUGGGCCAUUCCAACAUUAUGGCUUUUUGCACAAGAUUCCUUGGUUGAUUUGGAUGUGUAAUAUGGAUGGAUUCCAUGUUGAAAGGUGAAAUUAACAACUUCAGCUUUCUUGCAGAGAUCAGCAGGAUUCAUGUCAAAAUAUAUUGAGCUAUUCAUUGUCCACUCCAUCCUGACCAAACUGCCUGCUCUGCUGAGAAGCAGUCCCAUAACUUGAUACUGUCACCACCAUGCUAGUAACCAUGUACUUUGAGUGAUUUGUUUGCUUUGUGCCAAACAUAUCUUGUGGGACUAAGGCAAGCAAGUUCUAUUUGGGUCUCAUCAGACUUAACAAUUUCCCAGAUGGUUUUAGGACAUUGAAUGUGUCUUGCAAUAUUUUUAUGGGCUUGGAGUUUAUUUUUUGUGAGAAAUGGACACUAGCCACUGCUCAGACUUAUUGAGAAUAUGUUAAAUUGUUGUAAUAUGCAGGGAAUGCCAUAUUCCUCCCAGAAAGUCCUGCCACUCCUUUAAGGUUUCUGCUGGUGAUUUGGUAGCCUCCCUAAAGAGUUUCUCCUUGCCCUCAUCAGUUUUGGAUGGACGUCCUGACCAUUGCAAUGCUGCGGUGCUGCCAUCAUGCCUCCACGUCUUAAUAAUUUUUUUCAAAGGCUUCCUUUAUGCAUGUAAUGCCUUUGAAAUUUGUUUAUUUCCCUUUCCUGAUCUGUACCUUUCAAUAAUAAGAUCCGAUACCAUGACUAUAUUAAAGGCUAAUCAGAAUCCCUUCAGUUGAUGUUAGGUGAUGGCAAAUUAAAUUUGUACAUGAUUUGGAAUCGAUUGGUUAAAUCUGGACAUGGUUACAAUCCCAUUAUGGAGUAUGAAAACUUACACAACAAAGGCAAUGACAUUUAAUUUUUUUUCUCCUUCACUUAAAUAUUGUUGGUUACAAAGUUGUCUUAAAGGUGAAAAAAGGUCUGACAUGAACUGGCAAUCAUUGUCGACCAAUAUUUAACCUAGAAGUGGUCUAAUAACUAGCAACGAAUAUUGUCUAUUUUUCAGCCUUUACAUGAAUAAAAGCUUUAUUUUCAGUAAGGGUGUGUAGAAUUUUGAUAGCCAUUGUACUGUUGCCUCGCUAUUCCUCGCUCUUUGCCUUGAUAACAUCUGUGGAGGGCAGAGUGACAGUUUGCAAUAUUUUGUAUAAAUGUGUAUCGGUAUGUCUGAUCUUGAACAUUGUUUCAAGUGCUGAGAGCAGUGAGAUAUUUCCUUACAUAGUUGUUUAUCAAAUAUCUUAAGUAAUUUCUAAGUAGUUUUCUUUGUUCACAGGAAACAUAGCAUCUAGGUAUAAUUCCCCUGUGAUUUUCAUCACUAAAGCAAAUCCCAUUACAUUUUCACAUUCUAUGAAAUAGCCCACUGUGGUGUGAUGUUCAGCGCAGGUCAGCAUUUCAUAAAGGUUUUUAGAUUAGGGCUUGAGAUUAUGUACACCAAAAUACAAAUAGUUGAUUGUAAAUUGCAUAGUAUUGGGUUUUAUGAAGCAAGAAUCCACUUUUAUUAUUGUAAAAGGCCUAUAGAAAAUUAGACCAUGCAAGCUACCGUCUCUGUAUUUCAUGCAUAACCAAACUCUGUACAAAGUACAACACACUGCCCCUUGAGUCAUGUAUAUGCUUUUUACCUGUGUUUUAAAGAUGGUUUCAAAUGUUUUGUCUACAUUUCUUUUUGGUUCGUUGCAUUGAAAAGAGGCUGAUACUGUGUUAGCAGUGAUGUCAGAGGGCCAGUAGGGGACAAUCUUCCCUCUUGUCUAAAGAUCAGUCCCAAUUCCCCAGGGCAGUGACGGGUCAAUUUUCUUGCAUAGGUUACCUUCUCUUGGAUGGGAACUUAAACAGGUUGCCUAACUCUCAGUGGUCGUUACCAUGCAACUUAUUGUAAGAGUAGAGGUGUUAACCCCAGUCCCCUGACUACAAGUCUUAUUUGGUCCUCCACCAUCAUGGCCACCUAAUCACCCCCAGCAUCCAAGCGGCUCAUUUAGCUUAUUUUCUCCCCAUAACAACAAAUAUUUAUAAAUAAAAAGUAUUACAGGCACUAAAUGUAAGGAAUCAAUCAUGUAUAUUAUAAUCUGGAUCAGGCGUUUGUCUAAAAUGACUAAUGCAAAUGUAAUCACAUUGAAGAAAAGUCCAAGGUAAUAGAGCAAAGUCUGUGAAGUGGUAUCUCAGGAAGAUGUGUUGGCAGGCGCUUUUUGUGUGUCAGUCCUGGAGAUAUGUGGGCACACAUCUGCGCCUGUCUGCUGCUUAUAGCGACAUUUGAUGUGGAUCCCAGUUUCUUUACAGCGAUCCAAAGCAUUGUUUUAGUUGAGAGGGUAAUUCGCUGUCACAAACCACAAUUACAUUAUUCAGAGUUAGUGUACAUUAACUUGCUUCUAAAUAAGGAUCAUACUGCAUAUCAAGGGAUUGUGUCUGUCAAGUGAUUUUUCAAUGCUUGUGGGGUUUAAUCACUGUACCAAUAGAUAAGGUGAAGCAAUCUUUACGGCCCAUAUCUAGCCAGCAGGAUAAUACAGCAGUGUCGCCCGAGCUGAAAUAUGAUAGCGAUUGUUUUUUUCAGCACAUUUGUUUCAGAAAGAGUAAAGGAAAGGUUAUUCACCAUGAAGAGCAGGAAUUACAUUCGUCCAAGUCAGUGUACCUUUACUUUCUUCCAAAUACGGAUCGCACUGUGAACCAAGGGAAUUUGUCUAUUACGUGAUUUUUCUGUGUGUGAAGGGAUCAUAAUCACUGCACCAAUGGAUAAGGGGCCACAGUGUCUGUUUGAGUGAAUGGUACUAGCAUUUCCAUAGUUUUGUUGUGGUUUGGUACCUCGGUGGUGCUUUCCUCAGUUUAACGAAUUUCCAACAAGUAAUACAGUUACAAAUCUCAAAUUUUACCUGCUUAGAAUUAGUUCUUGUCAUUGUUUUUUAGUAGGAAGACGUUGCUACAUACUGUGUGAUAUUGCAAAUAUAUGUAAAGGUACCUUCAUUUGAUGAGUGUACCUACAUGUGUGCUUUUCACUAGAAAUUAAACUAUUGCAGUCAAUCGAUGUUUAUGGUUACAACUCUUUCUUAUUUCUACAUUGCAAGUAAUUGUACUAUUUUCUUUAAAUUAUUUUACUAGUGCCACUUUUUCAUAUAAGUUGUGCCUGUAUGGCUGAUUCUGUAUUGAGGUUCUUGCCAUAAUGUACUUUUCACUGAUGAUAGGGUUGAUAAGACUACUGUGUUUAUGGUAUUUAUUUUUCUUUUCAAAGUCUUUCACCAGUUAUAUCAUAUCAAAGACUGCACAUUUCUUUUCACUGGUUUAUGCAAUGAUCAAUAUUUUCUUGCAUUUUCUGAGAAUUUGCCCAGAACCUUAUGUUAUAUUUUGUAUGAGAAUAAUUUUAAAGAAGAGACCUCUGUGGACUGAAAUUUGAUGUUCAUGCAGUCCUGAAAAUAGUUAUGUUCGUUGGUUUGCCAUAAACCCUAAUAUUCAGUUGUGGUUUUAUACUGGUCUUUUUUCUCACUUUUCUCAUGUAGUGAUUAUUGCAUCUCGGAUGAACGAUAAAUAGAUUGUUGAAAUGAGAGAUGAUAAUAUAACAAAAUAGGGCAAUGUGAUAAGCCUACCGCUGAAAAUAUUAUUUUGAUGUUGGGUGUUCAAUUUGAAAUUGUCAGUAAGGAAACAUUGUAUAUUUUAUGGAGAUCGAAAGUAUAAAAUGUAUCUGAGGUGUAAUUGUAUUGUAUUAUCAACCAUGUUCAACAUAAAUCUGAUUAAUAAAAGUAUUUUCUUCUGUGUUAUA